CGCACGCACACACUCACACACACACAUCUCAUAUGCAUACGUAAUUAUACAGACAGACCUUGCCACCCUCAUCCUCCACCAACCCUCUCACCCCCCACUAUCUGAUGACUCCCCGACGAGGAGUUGGACGUGGUACGAAACCGACUGUAGCAUCAUCAUCACCACCACCACCACCACCACCACCAUCAUCCCCAUCUUCAACACUACCACGGUCAUCAUCACCAUCCUCCCCCUCUUCCUCGCCACUACCAUGUCCUCGUCGUCGCGCAAGAUCUCCUCCGAGUCUUUCAGCAGCUCGGUGGGCUCGGACUGCGGGCUUGAGAGCCCCGGGGGAGAUGGGGGUGACGGCGGUCUGGAGACGGCGGAGGAGAGCAGAGGCUGCCCCUUCUCCUCGUUCCCCUCCUCCCACAGAGCGGUGCUCUGGAACGGCCGCAGCCCCGCCGACAGGUCUGCGUGCCCGGCGGGCGAGGAGCAGCAAGUACCCCACAAGAGGGUCACCAGGAGGAGACGGGUGAACCUGGACUCGUUGGGGGAGAGCCUGAGACGACUUACAUCACCCAUGACACAGACUGUUCAAGAGGCUCUACAACGAACUCUCCAAUACUACAGACAACAAGAGAUCAGGUGUCAGGAAGUUGCUAGUGAGGAGAGAAGAAGAGAGAAAAGAGAAGAUAAGUGCCCAUUCCUCGAAAAUUCUGGCUCAGAGGAAGAUGUUCUCCAAAUCCUGCAAUACAUGGCCACCAUUCUGGGAGUACCAUUCUGUGAGCUGCGAGAGCACUUUGGAGAAGAGUUCUUCAGCCUUUGCUUUGAAGAAAACGAACGAGUGCUUCGGGCUGUAGGCGGCAACCUCCAGGACUUCUUUAAUGGCUUUGACGCCAUUUUGGAACACAUUCGCACCUCUACAGGUCGCCGUGCCUCAUCUGAGAGCCCCUCCUUCCAGUGUAAGGAUCCCCAAGAGGAGGAGACAGGGAGAAGAAAAUUGGACAGUGUUGGAGAGCGAGGAGAAGGAGAGGUUAGAGGGAAGUUGUUGCUUCUUCAUUGUUUCAACCCGGCCCCUGUUGUUGGACUGGUCAUGCCUGGGCUAAUUAGAGCUGUUGCGAGGCGGAUCUUUCAUUCAGAAGUUGAGGUGGAGGAAGUGCCACCUCUUACUCCCUUAUUACCUAAUGAAGAUACAGAACACGCAGACGGUGACUCAGCAACCCCGACCCCAACUGCAUCACCCACUGCCUCGCCCUCUUCCUCCCCGUCCCCACCCUCUCCUUUCCAUACGUCGGUUCCCACAGUUUGCUUGUCCUUCCAAAUCACAGAGACUUGCCCACCUACCCUCUCCUCCUUCCCAAAUGCUGCCCCCGUGAGCACUAAACGGCCCCCGCACUCACUCUCCACCAACCCCAGUGUGCGCAUUGGCCUGGCUACGUUUUGCCGUGCCUUUCCAUUUCACCUGGUCCUUGGGCCUCACAUGGAGCUACUUCAGCUUGGAGAAGGGUUGAGGAGACAGGCUCGCAUUGAGCCUCAUCGAAACCUCUCAUUCAGGGACUGUUUCGAGAUUGUCUCACCCAAGAUGGAGCCGUCGUUCCGGGGCAUUCUUCUUAGGCUUGCGUCCCCAUUUACAAUCCGUACAAGGCCUGAUACCACACAGACAGGCACCAAGGAGAAGGUCAUGGAGUUAAAGGGUCAGAUGAUCCAUGUGCCCGAGUCGUGCUCCCUGAUGUUUCUGGGCUCCCCACGUGUUGAUAAGCUAGAGGAGCUGAUGGGCAGGGGCCUCCACUUGUCAGACAUCCCCAUCCAUGAUGCCACACGAGACGUUAUCCUGGUGGGGGAGCAGGCCAAGGCCCAGGACGGCCUGAAGAAGAGAAUGGACAAACUUAAGGCCACUUUAGAGCGGACUCAUCAGGCCCUGGAGGAGGAAAAGAGGAGAACCGUGGACCUCCUUUAUUCCAUAUUUCCUGGUGAUGUGGCACAGAAACUGUGGCAGGGUCAGCCAGUACCGGCUCGCAAAUUCGAUGAUGUCACAAUGUUGUUCUCAGACAUUGUGGGCUUCACUGCAGUGUGUGCCCAGUGCACACCCAUGCAGGUCAUCUCCAUGCUGAACGAGCUUUACACGCGCUUUGACUACCAAUGUGGCAUUCUGGAUGUUUAUAAGAUCGAGACAAUAGGUGAUGCCUACUGUGUGGCAGGCGGACUCCACAAGAAGGUUGAUAGUCAUGCAAAGCCAAUCGCACACAUGGCUCUGAAGAUGAUGGAACUUUCUGAAGAAGUGUUGACACCUGAUGGGAGACCUAUUAAGCUAAGGAUAGGUAUCCACACAGGCUCGGUGCUUGCUGGCGUGGUCGGGGUUAAAAUGCCUCGGUAUUGCCUGUUUGGGAACAAUGUGACACUGGCCAGCAAGUUUGAAUCAGGGAGCCAGCCAAGGUGUAUCAAUGUUAGCCCCACAACUUACCAGUUGCUGAAGGAUGACCGUUCUUUUUCAUUCGUCCCUCGAUCACGGCUGGAGCUCCCAGAGAACUUUCCCAAAGAGAUCCCAGGGACAUGUUACUUUCUGGAGGCAGGGACUUCUCACAGCCAUGCCUCGCUGACCAGCUCUCGCUCGGCUCCCCCAGCCUCUAUGAGGAAAGUCUCCUACAGCAUCGGGACCAUGUUUCUAAGAGAAACAAGUUUGUAGGGUCGGAGCACAGACUUGUAUUAAGAGAUACUCAUCAUGUGAGGGGGCAAGUUUUGAACCUGUUUAAAUGUGCAGGAAAUUAAUUUCACAGAUCUAUGGAUAUGCAAAUGCAAUGGAUGUAAACUUGGAUUCAGACCUGGGCGAUGACUUUGAAACUUUGAAAAUGACUACGAAUGAAACUUUAAAAGAUUCUCUCAUCAUUGGCGAAAAAAAAAAAAGGAACAAAAGGCCCUCAUCUUCCUCUGGAGAGGGGGAUAUGCUUCAAACGACUCAAGGAACAGCAGCUAUGCUCGUUUCACGUAGACCCUAAAACAAGGACUGACUUGGUCAAUUAGCAGAGAAACCUAAAUAUAAAACGUGAUGAUCUUGCUGGUUUCAUGAGCUUCAUACCUGGUAUCUAGCUUUCUCCAUUGGCCCUUUCUCCCAGGUGGCUCUCAACAAGGCUUGGAGAAAACCUGGACACAGACUGGUGUUGCACUGGUUAGAGAUCAACAGAAUUGCGGAGAAAGAACAAAUCUGCUUUCAAUUCAAAAGUGGAUGAUGACCAAUGACGACGUAUGAACUUUGAAAAGAUGGCAACAUCCCACAAAUGUUUGCUGUGCAUCAUGGCCUCUUAUACAGGGAAGUCAACUGAUAAAGAACAAUAUAACUCCCCCUCAUCCCCCUCUAACUGUUACUAAAUCCUGUCAUGCUCUACCAAACUCAAAUCUAACAUCUGCUGCUCCUUACAUCAACCCACAGUAGGACCAGGUUGUGGGAUCAGGGGGACACACUGAGAGGCACAUACAAGUAGAUAUGUUUUAAUAGGGGUCAAGACAAGAAAUGCCAAAAUGGCUAGGACUAAGCUAAUCUUAGAGCCUUUUCUGCUUCUAACCUAUUGCAAACUAUAGCCGACAACAGUCCAGCCAAUUCAUCGCAAAUAAUAUGCUAGGACUGAAAAUUAAACCCAGCUCUGUGCCUUUUUUACCGCUUAAGUCAGGACAAGUAUAAGAUGAAUACAUUUGUAAUAUUUGAACCGAAUAAAACACAGAGAGAGCUUCAUUUAUCAUCUUUCAAUUUGUUGAAUAUUUUUUUAAAUUUCUGUUCAGCUACAACAGAGUGAGCCUCUUUGAUGACGUUAUGAUAUGUGCCAAAGGUUAAGAGUCACAAAUUUGAACCUGUGACGUCAACUUAUGGUAGGCGCCUUGUCCCAUCCCAUCAAGCUACCGGGACACUAAUUGUGUCUUACUUUUAGAAAGAUGUAAUCAGCUCUCCUUAAAUAGUUCAGAUAUUAGAAAUGCUGUUUUGUUUUCCAGAUCAACCAAUACCAAUAAUGCCCAGAAAUAUUACUAAUACUGUAAUACUUAACUAACAUAUGAAGCAUGCUCAACAUGGUUCCCAUUUUUUUUUCUCAUUGUUCUCAGCCAUGUGGAUAUAAAAGCUUUCACUCGCCCCCUGCAAGGAAAUUCACUUAGGAGGAACCUCAUGCCUUCCAGAUACAUCCACAUCGCUCAAUAACCCAGAAAAUCUGUCAGAAGUUUUUGUCUGAGAGAAUAGUCAACAUACAUUUCAAAAGUGAAGGGAUCAUGAAAAAAGGACUUUCAGUAUUUCAGAGACUGGGCACAUUUGGAUGAUUUACACAACACACAAACAUGGCUGCCAUUUCCCUCGUUGACAUACAUGGACGUGACUCUAAUUACCGUACAUGUUCAUAAGCAUUAAUUAAGCAUUAGUCUCCAUGACAUGUCAACAGAAAUGUUUUUUUAUCUAACGUGUAUGCAAAGAUGAAUCAAAAUCACAUUCUAGUUGCAGCGUAUUAUUGAUGAGCUUGGAUAAAAUUCUCUAACAAUUUAGUUCGUUUAAAUUUAGACAAAUAGUAUAACGUGUAACGAUAUAACGAUUACCUCCUUGGGGAAAAUGCUACAGCAUACACGAUAUGGUUUAACUGACGAAUAAGAUGAUCACUCAAAUAAUAACAGCUUCUCUUGAAAUUGCAAUACAUAUUAGUGACUAUAGGAAACUGUGGAACUAGUAUAAAUUAACUUUAAUUGACAAAAUUGCCCACGAAUGGGAAACGUGUAAGCUGCUACAGUAUGUCACUACAUUUGCCAAAUGACCAACUGGUUGCUGAACCUCUUAAAUGAUUCAACGAAAAUGUGCCAAUUGAUUUCUGAGACACCACCAGCACAGGGUAAUGUUGCUGCUAAAGUAAAUGUGUGCUACCUGCUGUCUGUGUACUUUCGGACCAACACAUUUUGACACUUUUUCAGCUCUGUGGCAUUGACAGGGGAUUCGUCAGGAACAUGAACUGGCUAUGCUAUGUUAAACACAGCUUGAAGGGAAAGCAUCAGAAGGAUAAUUUACCUCUGACACAAAGACUAAGGACCAUCUGGCUCAGUUUCACCAUCUAAGAGACAAUGUGCCCUCUAACUGAGAUAAACACCAGCAUAAUACAGCAGUGUGUUCAAGCAAGGAUGGUAAGAUGAGAAGCAGUGAAGUCCAAAAGGUAUCUGUUUGACCUUCUGACUGUUUGAGCCAGACAUUUUCUACAAGUGCCAAAAAAAUUCAGUCAAAGGUCAUUAUGCGAUAAAAUAAUCAAAUUCUCUCAUCAGAUUCUCUGUUAGCGUUACCAUCACAAAUCUUGAAGCCGUUGCACUCAUUCAGGUCUUCAUACUUUUUGUCGCUUAGAGUAGACACUUUUGAAAAUAAUUUUCCAUACAAUUUGUAGUCCAUAGAGACAACAUGGACUUGGAAAAAUAACAACAACUGAUAAAUCCAACCAUGUAGCACACACAUGGAUAAUUUUAUCCUAAAUAUCAGGUAUUAUAGCAUAACAGAAAUAUGUAUUUUAACCAAUAACUAGAUGUAAUGAAGUGUUAGGACUAGAAAACAUAUUUACAGUAUAAAUUGAAUUAAGACACGUUGAAAUUUAAAAUCUUAAUAAGUAGCUUAAUUUCAUUUUGGAGCUUGCUACACCUGUUGGAUAGCACUGAGAUGUUAACAGUUAAUAGCUCUGUUGUAGCAAAGCCCAAAUGUUUCACGAGACAAAAAAGAUCUAUAAUCUUGAUGUUUUUUUGUGAUAGUAUACAAAAUCAGAACUAUCAACAUCCACCUGGGACAUCUGUAAGUCAAAAAGUUUAUGUUCACACAAGUGAUUCAGAAGAAAGGCACUUUGACAUUUCUCUUUAUAGUUAUAUUGACAAGCUGGCCACGGAUCAGUCAAUUCUGAUUCAGUAUAAAUGGUCAAACACACUAGAGAGCGGUUCAGGUUUUCCCACAACUUAGAGGAUGUUUACCAUGUCUAUAAGGCCUGGGGAAGUUAGCCUUAAUUUGCCCUUAAAACAAAUUUGAGUAUAACUUCUGUUUAGGGACCACCAACAUUUUUUCAGAGAGGUUCCUAAAGUCUUGCAGGUCUACUUUAGUGUGAUCAAAAACCCCACAUGAACAAAUUGACCCCUUUGCGGUCCCUCGAGCAUUAGUUUACUACAGAGGGUUUAACAUAAAUCACUCAAUUAGCAACAAUGACAUUUAACUAUUUGAGGAAGAUAGCAACACAGCUGCAUUGUAACAUGUAGACAAGAUGAGAUAAUAUUUGAAGAACAGCAACGAUGUGCCGAUGAUUAGUCAUAUAUGUUAGCAGUGAUGGCAAUUGUUGCUAGCUUAGCUGAUAAACUGCCUUUGUAAACAUUUUCUACAUUGUGUGUCUGCUUGUUUUUAGAGGUUUUUAACAUUUUAAAAGGGUGAUUUUGAGUUGCCACAGACCCAAAAGUAUGCGUGACUUUUGGUUCAAAAAAGAAGCCAUUAUAAACACUUUUGAAUCUGCCAUGAGGGACUGAUUUUACUCAGUGUUGGUAUGUUAACUGAUCUUAAGUGUAUUUGACGGUUAUGUUAUUGAGCUCAGGUUAACGUUUUCCUGAGGCAGCCUUUCACACAUUGACACACAAGAGUUCCCUGACUUCUACCCUGCAGUUAUUUCUACUAUACAUACAUACAUACAUACAUACAUUAUUGUGUACAGUACCCCAACUAAAUCUGUUGGAUCUUAAAUGUAAAGCAGGUGUCAUUUACAUUCAACUGCAGCAGUACCUGAAUUCUGCAUCUAGGCUAAAUAAAGGAUAUUACAUCAGCGUUACACCCACACAACUUGUGUGCACUGCUCACAUCUCCAAGACAGUCAAUUCUUGGCAUUAUAUUAGACGUUUGUUCCCAUAUUACAUGUCUUGCUGAUAUAGUGCGGGAGUGUUGCAGGUGCUGGUUCUCUACAGUGUUGUCAGUCAUGGACCAACACACUGCAGUUCAAAUUGUUGGUCUCACAGGCCUAAAUCAUAACCACAGUGGUAAUACAACUGAGCUGUACUGUAUGAGCUGUGUCAAAUAAUGGAUGUGAACACAUGUUGUCAUGAUCCUGAGGUUAGUGUGGGAGGGUACAAUAAGAGAACUUAUUGAACUGCCAAUAUACAAGCAUAAUAAUUUACCAAUAAAGACCUAUGGCACCUUUAGCAAACCAGUUAAUGUUUAGGUCUAUUCAAUAUAUUCAAAAAGAUAAAAAUACAUUUUAAACACUUUUUUCUUGUAAUUCACAAAAUUAUUUUAAUUCGUCCCAUUUUCUAUUGGCUUUGGUUUCUAUUCCAGCCUCUUACUUCAUUUGACUGUAUGUGUCAAAAGCCAGGCUAGAUCUUGUCUACUUGCCAGUGUCAAACAAAUCCUGCCCACCUUUCAAGGUCACAUAUUAUGCAAAAUACACUUUACUAUGUUUUUCGAACACUAAUGUUUCCCCUAGUCUGUCUACAUAUCCCCAGUUAUGAGCAAAUUCCACCCUCUCCAUCUUUUGCCUGCUCCACGUUUUCAGAAAAUAUGUAAUUAAACAGAUUUUCCCUUUCUGACAUCACAAAGGGCAGUAUCCCCUCCCCCAGGUGGGUGACAUUGCCACAGCUAGGUGUUUGUUGUACCCUCAGAAUCUGCGUAAACAAUUGAGCAAGAAACAUUCCCUUCUGGAGGGGGCGUUGUCAGAUACAAAUUACCUGCAUUUAAAGGUACAGACCCAGGAACAGCCUGUUCUGAGCAGGGCUGAAAUUGAGGUGUUUAUAGGCGUGCUAAAAUACAGGAUCAGAGUAGAUUUUUGGCAGGAAACUUCACAUACAUGUUGUGAGGGCCUCGGAGACUUGUGUAAGGUUGAAAAUAAUAAUAAUAUCUAAUAUAGUGACCUUAAAGUAAUGCUUUUUUUGUUUAUUUCUUUUGAGAAUUAAGAACUAAUGUAACGUUUUACACAUUCAUUUUUUUUUGAAUGAUUUUCUCUAAGUCAUGGCUUUAUAAAACAUUUUCUCCAACAUGUCAUUCUAAUGGAAACAUGAUGUUACUAAACCUGUGUUAUUAGUUGGACUUGCUAUAAACUGAUAAACCGUCUUGUUGCUGAGAUCAACUACAGCCCCCCCCAAAUCCUGAGUUAUAGUUAAGAAGGUCUAAGUUGAUGGGAAACUGGUCCCUAUUCAUUUAACAUGAACCUGGUUCUAACAGCAGAAAUAAAACUGGUCAAUGCUUUUCAUACUUAGACAGGUCCUCCUAAUGGAUGUGCAUUAAUCCACCGUUCCUAUUCUAUAAUAGUUCACAGGAAAAUAGUAGCUUCAAUGACGUUAACUGAUAUUUGAUACUAAUGUUUGUAAAAUCCUACAACUUACCAUUUCACUGGCAAUUCUCUUUUGGAGGCACUGUUCCAUGUCAGAUAUCUGGUCAGCGUUUUUGUAUUUUGAUGCCAUGUAAUAAAGAUACAGAGCCGACCCUGGACAUGUACCUGUUAAGAGCCUGUGUUUGGAUACGUGUAUGUAGAAGAGGAUGAUGACAGCUGUUGGUUUCUGACUGACAUUAAGGGCACAUCUUCUGUCUUAUAUUAUGUAAAUAAAAAACACCAAGUAUAUUUAAUAAGGAAA